AUGGCUGCGAAUACUGGCGUUAAGAUUGUGGCCUCGGAGGGAGAAACGGGAUCGCAUGUACUAUCGAUAUGCACGGAAUCUAUUAUGAUCGAACUUCGCAUAAGUUCGGAUGUGUUCGGUUUAAUAUCUCGAGUUUGGAAGCGCAUGGAGAAUGAACCGCAAGUCGCACGCGAAUGCCAAAGACUCCGUUUUCAUACCAAUACUGGUGUUCGUUUCAUGUGCUGGUUGCCGCCUUCCGACACAUGGUUGGCCAACCAAUCACUGGAAACUCGUCACAACUACCUAUUGACCGAUUCAUUUGACGACUACUCAGUCAAAAUUGUCAACUUUUCCGAUGAAUGGCAUACUUCCUCUGAUGGCGUCCCCUCUGAUGGCAACCCCUCUGAUGGCAAUUGUGCCUCAAUCUCGGCAAAAAGCUCGGGAUCUCAAAAUGGUUUCAAACGCAAAAUCGCUACGUUGAAAGACUGGCUAAAGACUCACAUGAAGUCAAAGAACAAACACCUCAAACACAUUGAACAGCAUCUGAUUAUACGGAUUGAGGCGCUUAUAAACUCAGCUGUAGAGCCGAUGGACUGGUCUAAAGUGGUGGGACUCGAGUUGGAGAAGCAGAGGAUAGUCGAGGCGGCGAUUAAUCCCAUUCUGCGGCCCGACCUGUACAAAGGCGGCCGAACGCCACCAAAAGGUAUUCUGCUGUUCGGUCCGCCCGGCACUGGGAAGUCACUACUUGCCCGCUGUAUCGCCGCGCAGAAAAAGUGGACGUUCAUACCGGUCACAGUGUCGACGCUGACCAGCCAUUUGUACGGUGUGGGCGAGAAGAUGGUGGCCGCCCUGUUCGCUGUGGCGCGCGCUCGUCAGCCGUCCAUUAUCUUCAUCGACGAAAUCGAUUCGCUUCUAAUGUCGCGCAAUGACGGCGAGCACGAGGCGACUCUUCGUAUGACAAACGAAUUCUUGAAUCAAUUCGACGGCAUGGGUACCGCUCCCGGCGAACAGCUGCUCAUCAUUGGCGCCACAAACAGACCGCACUCAUUGGACGGGGCGGCCAGGCGUCGCUUCGAAGUAAGACUAUACAUCAGACUUCCCGACGCCAACGCUCGCAAGCAAUACAUUACGAAUUUCAUUAAAUCCAAUAAAUCCGUGAAACACACGCUGAAGAGCUCAGAGAUACAGUCGUUAGCAGAUAUAACGGAUGGUUACUCGUGCGCCGACAUGAAGGCCCUGUGCCGCGAGGUAGCAAAUAUUCCAAUGCGCGGAGUGAUGGAUAUAAUGAGGCUUAAGGCUGAAGACAUCCGUGCCGUCACUUUCAAGGACUUCCGCGAAGGCUUAUCGGCCGUUAAGCCGACGGUUAAGAGUGGAGAACUCGAGGUGUAUGAGAAGUGGAACAACGACUUCGGGGCCAUUCGUCGCCAGCUUUGA